AUGUCGUUCGGAAAACUCUACAGCUUCCUUGAGAACCCGCGCAGCACGGGCAUCCUGGUUGUGGCCAAGGCCAACAACCUCGAUAUCGAGCUGGUCGACACCCUCCCCGCCACUGCCCCGGCCGACUACAAGAAUAUCAACAAGAUGGGCACGAUCCCUACCUUCGUUGGUGCUGAUGGCUUCACCCUGUCAGAGUGCAUUGCCAUCUACGUCUACGUCGCUUCCCAGAACGAGAAGACCACCCUUCUCGGCAAGACCAAGCAGGACUACGCCAACAUCCUGAAGUGGAUGUCCUUCUUCAACAGUGAGGUCCUCCCCAGAUUCGGUGACUGGUACGGCCCUCUCCGGGGCCUUGCCCCCUACAACAAGAAGGCUGUUGAUGAUGCCUCCAAGGCUUCCCUGAAAGCGCUCAGCGUCGCUGAGGAGCACCUGCUGCACAACACCUUCCUGGUUGGCGAGCGCAUUACCGUGGCCGACAUCUUUGCCGCCAGCAUAUUUGCCCGCGGUAUGCAGUUUGUCUUCGGCAAGGCGUUCCGCGAGGAGUUCCCUAACCUCACCCGUUGGUUCACCACCGUCUACAACCAGCCGAUCUACUCGAGCGUUGCCCCCAAGGCCGUGUUCAACGACGAACCGGCAUUUAUCAACGUCCCCCCCAAGAAGGAGGCUGCCCCCAAGAAGGAGGCCCCCAAGAAGGCCGCCGCCCCCAAGGCCGCCGCUGCCGCCGAGGAGGAGGAGCCCGCAGCUGCUCCCAAGCCCAAGCACCCGAUUGACCUGCUGCCGCGUGCCACCUUCCCUCUGGACGAGUGGAAGCGCCAGUACUCUAACAGCGACACUCCCGUUGCCCUGAAGUGGUUCUGGGAGAACGUCAAGUUCGACGAAUACUCGAUCUGGAAGGUUGAGUACAAGUACAACGACGAGCUGACCAUGACCUUCAUGUCCAACAACCUGAUUGGCGGCUUCAACAACCGCCUGGAGGCCUCGCGCAAGUACCUCUUCGGCUGCGCCUCCGUCUACGGCCAGAACAACGACUCUGUCAUUGAGGGUGCGUUUGUCAUCCGUGGCGAGGACUACCUCCCCGUCUUCGAUGUCGCUCCCGACUACGAGAGCUACUCCUUCACCAAGCUGGACCCCACCAAGGCCGAGGACCGCGCCUACGUCGAGGCCCAGUGGUCGUGGGACAAGCCCGUCAUCGUCAACGGCAAGGAGUACCCCCACGCCGAUGGCAAGGUCUUCAAAUAG